AUAAAGCAAAUAAAUAUCAACAGAUAAAACAAAUCGACGAACAAAUAUCAAAACUUUCUGAAGCAAUGGAACAAAACGAUGAAAUCAUUAACCAAUUGGACGCACUUUACAAGGAAAAAUAUGAUUUACAAGUUCAAGCUGAAGUAAACGAUCCCGAGAUUCGAUGGAAGUUUAAAAAUGAUAUGGUCGAUAUGUCUAUACCUGUUUAUCGUCAUUUAAAAGAAAAGCAUUGGAAAUCUGGUCCUCUUCCAAAAUUGAUGGAACGUAUAACGCAAAUGUAUGUUGUGCCUGAUGUAUUUCCGGACUUGGUGCCCACAAUGAACCUUGAAUUCAAAUUUGAUGAUGAAUUGGUUGAACCUGGAUGGUUUCAACGGCCUAUGAGAACAAUAAACCCUCCUACAAUUAUUAUGAACAAUUUUCAUGUAGAAACGCGCUUGUACACUCUCAUUAUGGUGGAUCCAGACAUGCCUGAUGUAGAAAAUAAAAGGUUUCAAACGCAAUGGCAUUGGUUAAUAACAAAUAUUCCUAUAAAUGCUACAAAAACUGAUAUCUCGGGUGGAACAGAAAUCUUGCAGUACGUGCCACCACAUCCACCUAAAGGCACUAAAUAUCAUAGAUACACCUUAGGUGCUUUUGAACAGUCUGUUGGUAAAAUCGAGGUUACCAAAGCGGAUCUAAUAACGAACGUUCGCGAGUUCGCAAGUAAAUAUAAUUUGAUAUUAAGUGGGGCUACAUUUUUUCGCGAAGUAUGGGAUAAGGAUGUUGGUUCAAUUUAUAGAGAUCGAUUAGGUAUCCAUGAGCCAAUAUAUGGCAAACUACCUAAGGUGGACCAUUACUUGGACGCGACCG